UGAUUGAACACUUUUUUGGUUACUAUAUGAUUCCACGUGUUAUUUCAUAGUUUUGACGUCUUCGCUAUUAUUCUACAAUGUAGAAAAUAUAUAUAUUUUUUUUAAUAAAGAAAACCCCUUGAAUGAUUAGUUACUGUACAUGAAGAUUAGGUGUAUGUAUGAUGUGUCAGACACUGCAUUCAGUCACACACGAUCACACACUCUCCUUUAACACAGUCUUCUACCAGUCUCCGAUUUCAACUCACAGGGAAGUUCAGUUGGUCUUCUUUGUCAGAUUAUUUGUGUUACUUUCUCUUCUAAUUGGUGUACUUUUGAGUGUCCAUGUUUUUGUUUUCACCCUGUACUCUCCACACUAUCAACAUUUCUUUGCCGUCUUUCAAUUGUAAUAAAAUGUUAAUUGCAACCCAUACCUUCAUACUGCAUAUUUAUUUCAUGCCCUACCAACCCAUACCUUCAUACUGCAUAUUUAUUUCAUGCCCUACCAACCCAUACCUUCAUACUGCAUAUUUAUUUCAUGCCCUACCAACCCAUACCUUCAUACUGCAUAUUUAUUUCAUGCCCUACCAACCCAUACCUUCAUACUGCAUAUUUAUUUCAUGCCCUACCAACCCAUACCGUUCCCUACCAACCCAUACCGUUCCCUACCAACCCAUACCGGCCCCUAACAACACAUACCGUUCCCUACCAAACCAUAUCUUCAUACCGGCCCUUAACGACCCAUACCGUUCCCUACCAACCCAUACCGUUCCCUACCAACCCAUACCGGCCCCUAACGACACAUACCGUUCCCUACCAAAACAUAUCUUCAUACCGGCCCUUAACGACACAUACCGUUCCCUACCAACCCAUACCGUUCCCUACCAACCCAUACCGGCCCCUAACGACACAUACCGGCCCCUAAUGACACAUACCGUUCCCUACCAAAGCAUAUCUUCAUACCGGCCCUUAACGACCCAUACCGUUCCCUACCAACCCAUACCGUUCCCUACCAACCCAUACCGGCCCCUAACGACACAUACCGUUCCCUACCGGCCCCUAACGACACAUACCGUUCCCUACCAACCCAUACCUUCAAACCGGCCCUUAACGACACAUACUGUUCCCUACCAACCCAUACCGUUCCCUACCAACCCAUACCGGCCCCUAACGACACAUACAGUUCCCUACCAACCCAUACCGGCCCCUACCAACCCAUACCGGCCAUCUAAACGACACAUACCGUUCCCUACCAACCCAUACCGGCCCCUAACGACACAUACCAUUCCCUACCGACCCAUACUGGCCCCUAACGACACAUACCAUUCCCUACCAACCCAUACCGUUCCCUACCAACCCAUACCGGCCCCUAACGACACAUACCGGCCCCUUACGACACAUACCGUUCCCUACCAAAGCAUAUCUUCAUACCGGCCCUUAACGACACAUACCGUUCCCUACCUACCCAUACCGUUCCCUACCAACCCAUACCGUUCCCUACCGACCCAUACCGGCCCCUAACGACACAUACCGGCCCCUACCAACCCAUACCGGCCCCUGCCAGCCCAUACCGACCCCUAACGACACAUACUGUUCCCUACCAACCCAUACCGGCCCCUGCCAGCCCAUACCGACCCAUACUAGCCCUUACCCGCUACCAACCUAUACCUUCAGGCAUGACUUGUGAUAUUGAUUUGUCAGUUGUGAAUAAUAUAUUGCUAAACAGUUUAAAGCUAAGGUAAGGCUAGACGAGACAUUGUUUGAUUGAAGCAAAAGGAUCGUCAGAGAAGACUGAAGUGACCGAGAGAUCUGAGCCUGUAUUUAGUGUCGAGUACUAGUGCUGAUCUAGGAUCAGUUCCCCAUUCUUGUUGAAGAUUGAUUUUGAAAGGUUAAACUGAUUCUAGAUCAGCACUCCUCCUGUGAGACUGAAUUACAGGCCCUGUGGUGACUCCAUCUGAGUCUCUCAAACCCCAGCAGGUCAGAGAGGGACAUUGCUGUACAAUGUUUUUUUUUAAAUUUAUUACAGUAAUUAUGAUUUUGAAGCAUAUUUUCUUCCUUGUCACAAUAAAGCACCUUUUUAAGAAAAUAAGAA